CGGGAUGACCGCACCGGGUUUGGGAAUUGCUGGCCUUGAAGGGACAGGGUGAAGGGUUGGCAGGUGGUGAGGGGCUGCGAACGUCUGAGGUUGCGGGGCAGGGGACAGCCUAGGUGCCGUGCACCGGGAAGAAGCCCGCUGGAGGAGACCCUGGACCCAGCUCUGAAGGGCCCAGUUGAAGGAACUCAGAAAACCACCGUUUGCAAAGGGUGUGGGUUCGCUGAGCUUGGAAAGCCUGUGCCUGCCUGGGACCUCAGAUCCUUCCAACUAUGAACUUGCAACACUGGACUGGACAGUGAACUCUGGGCUUGAUUCUGCUCUAGUUUGGUGUAAUCUGUGGCUCUGUGGCCAGCUACUGGCUCCUACAGACCGGAUGAAGCAGAUUGGAGACAGAAGUGGAGAAAGCCUCCAGCUGGUACAUUCUCAGAGUGUAGUCCUCUGGCUGCUGGCCCUGUCCAGCCUGCCUCAUGGAGAAGAUGAACUGGUUGAGCAGACUGGCCUCCCGGGUACCUGGGCACCGUGUACCACAAGGGGCCAGUCUACAGACUCCUGUCAUGGCUGACCCUGAGACAUGCCUCAUGGUCUUCAAGAAUCACUGGUCCCAGGUGGUGCGAAUCCUGGAGCGGCAAGGCCCUCGGGCAGCUGCUGGAGGUGCAGAUGAUCUCAGUGCUGUGAGAAACCACACAUACCAAAUGCUAACAUUGCUGGCAGAGGAUAGAGCAGUUCCUUCAGCCCCCUCAGGCCCUGGGCCCCUGCUAGAGUUUGCUCUUCAUGAAGAUCUGCUGAGCCGAGUGUUGACAUGGCAGCUGCAAUGGGAUGAGUUUGGGGAUGGGGUUGAAGAACGGCGGGCUGAACAGCUGAAACUAUUUGAAAUGCUAGUGAGCGAAGCUCGCCAGCCUCUGUUGCGGCAUGGGCCAGUUCGAGAGGCUCUGCUUGCCCUGCUGGAUGCCUGUGGCCGCCCUGUGCCCAGUAGUCCAGCACUGGAUGAAGGCCUGGUGCUACUUCUCAGCCAACUGUGCGUGUGUGUUGCUCGGGAGCCUUCACUGCUUGAGUUCUUCUUGCAGCCACCCCCAGAGCCUGGAGCUGCUCCACGUCUUCUCCUCUUUUCUCGCCUUGUCCCCUUUGUCCAUCGAGAAGGCACCCUGGGCCAGCAGGCCCGUGAUGCUCUACUUCUGCUCAUGGCUCUGUCAGAUGGGAGCCCCACUGUGGGCCGCUACAUCGCAGAUCACUCUUACUUCUGCCCGGUGCUGGCCACAGGGCUGAGCGCCCUGUACUCCUCACUGCCUCGAAAGAUUGAGGUUCCAGGGGAUGAUUGGCACUGCUUGCGCCGGGAAGACUGGAUAGGAGUGCCUGCCCUUGCACUCUUCAUGAGUUCCCUUGAGUUCUGCAAUGCAGUCAUUCAGGUAGCUCACCCUCUGGUGCAGAAGCAGCUGGUUGAUUAUAUUCAUAAUGGUUUCCUGGUGCCUGUCAUGGGCCCUGCCCUGCACAAGACCUCUGUGGAGGAGAUGAUUGCGAGUACCGCCUAUCUGGAACUUUUCCUGCGGAGCAUCUCAGAGCCUGCCUUGCUCCGUACCUUCCUGCGAUUCCUGUUGUUACAUCGGCAUGAUACCCACACUAUCCUUGACACGCUUGUUGCUCGUAUUGGCAGCAACUCCCGGCUCUGCAUGGUCUCUCUGAGUCUCUUCAGGACCCUUCUGAACCUCAGCUGUGAGGAUGUUCUGCUGCAGCUGGUUCUCAGGUAUCUUGUCCCAUGUAAUCAUGUGAUGCUGAGCCAGAAGCCCGCUGUGCGUGAUGUGGAUCUUUAUGGACGAGCAGCUGACAAGUUUCUUUCCCUAAUCCCACGCUGCUGUCGGCACCAUGCCCCUAGCCCACCUCGUCCAGAGCAUGCCUCAUGGGCACGAGGUGGGCCUAGCAGAGAGGCAGGGAGAAGGGAGGACAUCACGGGCCCUGGAAGCCCAAGUGUUGAUUCUUCAUCAGUGGUAACAGUGCCCCGUCCCUCCACACCAUCUCGUCUGGCUCUGUUUCUUCGGCAGCAGAGCCUAGGUGGCUCUGAGUCCCCAGGUCCAGCUCCUCGAUCACCAGGGCUUACUGCAUCCCCAACUUCCAGCCCUGGUCGAAGGCCCAGCCCUGCAGAGGAGCCUGGUGAGCUAGAAGACAAUUACCUGGAGUAUCUGCGUGAGGCACGCCGUGGUGUGGACCGCUGUGUCCGAGCCUGCCGAACCUGGUCUGCCCCUUAUGAUGGCGAGCACCCCCCUCCUGAGCCUAACCCUCUUUGCUCCCGGACUAAGAAACGCAGCCUACUGCCAGAGGAAGACAGGGACAAUGUGAGGGAAGGAGAGGAGGAAAACCUAGGGAGUCGAGGGUUAGCUGUGGGUGUAGGGGAUACCCCCGGCUACCUACCCCCACCCCAGCUCAAUGGGGUACCAGGGCCAUGGCCAGAAGGAGCCAAGAAAGUUCGUCUGGUGCCACGAUUGGUGCCACAAGAAGGAGUUAGGGAAUUGUUAGAGGGUACCUCUGAGGGCAUUGCAGGGCUAGAGAGCUUUGGGCAAGAGCUCCAGGAGCUGGAGGUGGCAUUGAGCAAUGGUGGAGCUAGCUCAGAGCCUCCCUUAGAGCCUCCACUACCUCCUGAAGAGGAGGAGGCCUACGAGAGCUUCACCUGCCCUCCUGAGCCCCCUGGCCCCUUCCUCAGCAGCCCUUUGCGGACUCUCCACCAGCUGCCGAGCCAGCCCUUCACUGGCCCCUUCAUGGCUGUGCUCUUUGCCAAACUCGAGAACAUGCUGCAGAACUCCGUCUAUGUCAACUUCCUGCUGACGGGGCUGGUGGCCCAGCUGGCCUGUCACCCCCAGCCCCUGCUCCGCUCUUUCCUGCUCAACACCAACAUGGUCUUCCAGCCCAGUGUCAAGUCCCUGCUGCAGGUGCUGGGCUCUGUGAAGAAUAAGAUUGAGAGCUUUGCAGCCUCCCAGGAGGACUUCCCUGCUCUGCUAUCCAAAGCCAAGAAGUACCUCAUUGCCCGUGGCAAGCUGGACUGGGCUGAGGGUCCUACAGCAGGACCUGUCCCCCGCCGCUCUGAUUCCCUAGUGAGGAGCCGGAGGCCAUCCUUGGGGGAAUUACUCCUGCGGCAUGCACACAGCCCAACCAGGGCCCGACAGGCGGCGCAGGUUCUUCAACCUGGGAGAGAUGGAACAGGACUUGGACUAGGUGGGGGCUCUCCAGGGGCUUCAACUCCAGUUCUGCUUCCCCGGGGCGGGGCUUCUGAGCGCCAAGGUGAGGCUCUGCGAGUCAAGAAUGCUGUCUACUGUGCAGUCAUUUUCCCUGAAUUUCUCAAGGAGUUGGCUGCCAUCUCCCAGGCCCAUGCUGUCACCUCGCCUUUCUUGUUGGAUACUUCAGAGGAGCUAUCUCUUCCUCCCAUCUCAGGCUUUGGGCCCCUCAAUCCUUAGUUUUCUUCCAUGGACAAUCAGGGCCUUCUGUGGCCUGGGCUGAAAUCCAGGACAUGGGCUCCUUUUUAUGUUUGAAGGCAGUGACAAAUGGACUUUUUAAUUUAUUCCAGAUGAAUGUUUUAUGAGAACUUGUUGCAAUAUGUAUAAAAGGGAAAUCUCUA